AUGAAAAUAAAAGUAGUACAGAAGUACUACUUCAAUGUCUUCAAUGGAAUUUUCUUGGCUCUGGGUUUUAUGCUUUUUGUAUUUGGCCUGUGGCUUUUGUUGGACAGAAACAAUUUAUUCAGUGUGUUAUUUUCUUCAGGCAAGAACCAGCUGGUGGCAUAUAUUUCUUAUCUGUUGCUUGGAAUUGGAUCUAUUAUUGUUUUUACAUCAGCUACAGGAUUCCUUGGAAAUGUUAUGGAAGUCAAAUGUCUACUAGUUGCAUAUGUGAGUUUUCAAAUCCUGGUGUUUGUUAGCCAGAUGGCAAUAUUAGUGCUGAUAUUCAUGAGGAAAGGAGGGGUCCACAAUCAAUGGAACAACAGGAUUGAUGAAGUUAUUUCUGAGUAUGGGAAUGAGAGUCUGGCUAAGCAAGAACCAGUGUGGAACAUCUUGAAUGUUGUGCAGCACAAUAGGGAGUGCUGUGGAAGAUACAAUGUCACACAGUGGGGAAAGAAUAAAAACAAGGAAAAUAGUACUCAGAUCCCAUGUUCCUGCACAAAGUCCAGUCUGAAGAAAUGGUUUUGUGAUAACUGAAGGGAUUCUGCAUACAAUGUGGGAUGUGAAGAAUAUUUAAAUACAUGGUUUGAAAAUGUUUUGAUCUUGACUGCAAUUGCUAUCAGCCUGCUAAUUACACAGAUAAUUUUGGUCACACUAACUUGUCAACUGUUUAGAAACACCAGAAAGAAUGACAUUUGGCCUACUGAAUCACGAACUCAGAAUUUGGAGCAUUAG